AUGGCAGAUAACAGUCUCUCCUCAACAACGCUUUGGCAAAAUCGGAAAUGCCUAUUCCUCUGCUGUCUCGUUUCCAUGGCCAACAUGCAGUACGGCUUCGACCUUGCUGCAGUAGGAUCACUGCAGGCAAUGCCGGGGUUUCUCAAAAUAUUCGGGUAUCCAGAUCCGGGAAGCGACACUGGAUAUGCAAUUGACAGCACCGUCCAACAACUCAUCACUUCCCUCCUGACCCUAGGCUCCUUCGUCUCCUCUCUCGUAGCAGGCGUCUUCUCUACCUACCUGGGUCGCAAAUAUGCCCUGUGGCUCGCCUGCAUCGUCAACGCCAUCGCCUGCGGGAUCCAAAUCGGCACGUCAACCGCAGGAGUACUCUAUCUAGGCCGAUUGCUCCUGGGCUUCGCAAACGGGUUCCUAGUUACAUUCUCAAAUAUUUAUACCGCCGAGGUAUCCCCCGCACAUAUGCGAGGCGUAAUGGUUGCGCUGUUCGCGUACUGGGUAAAUAUCGGGAGUAUCAUGGGUGCGGUGGUUGAUAAAAAGACCAAGGAGAGAUUGGAUGAGUUAUCGUAUCGGAUCCCGUUGUCUUGUUUGUAUAUUGUGCCGACACUGCUUUUCAUUGCGUUGUUCUUUGUCCCUGAGAGUCCGCGGUGGUUGUUGCACCGGGGGAAGGAGCAGGAUGCGAGGAAAGCGCUUGAACAGCUUCGUGGAGCGAGUUAUGCGCGUCUCCUGGCUUCGGAGGGUAAUGAGAGUGGUGACGAAGGAAGUGUCGUGCCGACUUUGUUGGAGGUUGAGUGGGUGGAGAUGAUCAAGGGGGUUGAAGAGGAGAAGCGUGAGCAGGGGAGUGUUUCUGCGUUGGACAUGUUCCGAGGUCCCGAUCUCCGCCGAACGCUGCUCUGCUAUGGCAUGAUUGGCUGCCAGACUGCCUCGGGCGUCUGGUUCCUCAUCGGUUACCAGACAUACUUCUUCACCGUCUGCGGUAUAGUCAAGGCCUUUGAGUUUUCUAUAAUGAACACCUGUUUUGGCUUCCUUGGCGUCAACGUUGGUAUGUACGCCAUCAGCCAGCUUCUCGGUCGACGGUCCAUCCUGAUCCUGGGUGCCAUCGCCUGUGGUUUGUGUCAGCUAGCCAGCGCCAUUGCGGCCUCCCUUAGCCCAGACACGUUACCCCCAGGUCAGACCCUGGUAGCGUUCACCGCGCUGUUCAUGUUCUUCUAUAACGGCUGCGUAGGCGCGGCAAGUUACCCCGUCGCAACGGAGUUGGUGAGUUCGAGGUUGAGAGCGUGGACGGUGGGCACAGCGACGUCGUUGGGAUACUUGUUGGCGUGGUUGGUGAAUUUCUGUACCCCGUAUUUUAUUAAUCCGGAGCAUUUGAACUGGGGGGCCCGAUACGGCUAUAUCUGGGCAGCAUCGAACCUCUGCUGCGUAGGAUUCUUCUACUUCUUCAUGCCGGAGAUGAAGGGCCGAUCGCUAGAAGAAUUAGAUGAGAUAUUCGCAGCGCGUGUCCCGGCACGCAAGUUCAAGUCGUAUCAGACUGUGAUUCGGGUUGCGGCGAGAAUUGAUGCGGCCAAUGCUAAAGGCGCGAGUCAGCACAUUGAGAAACACUAG